AGUUGGGGCUUUUUGUCUGGCCGUCCUUAUUCCCCAAGUCAUCGUCGCAGCAGCAUGGAGUACCGCAAGUCGAAGCACACGAUCAUCCUCGUGCAGUACACGGAGGACCCGAACUCGCGCACGUACCUCGACUUCGAGUCCGUCAACGGCGCCAUGGACGGCGUCGUCAAGAUGUACGAAGCCAAGCUCAAGCAGCUCAACCCGUCGAAGCGCAACAUCACGUACGACAUCCAGGACUUGUACAACUACAUUGACUCGCUCGCCGACCUGAGCACGCUCGUGCUGGACCUCGAGACAAAGACGUAUCUUCCGAGCGGGAAGGAGUGGAUCAAGAAGAAGAUCUUCCAAGUCCUGCGGAAUCAAGCCUCGUAGACGUGCGUGACGAGCAUUUUUGUCCCCUUAUAACCUAACAAGCACGCACUCAACUCUC